UCUUACUUUUCAAAAGCGUUUGACUGGUAGUGUAGAUGAAAGCAAGGGUGUUUUGUGAAUUUACCUAUCGAAAUAUCACAUCAAAAGUUCACAGUAUUUGAUUCACUCUGGCGUCAUCGGAGAAGACUACACUUCCCAUGAUGCAUCUCUCCAGCGCUGUAGCGGCAGCAGCAACAGAAGGCGCGUCGCUGAUAACAUCGCGCGGAAUGGCUGCGUCUCUGUCCCGUGCUCUGAAAUUACCAGGUAAGAAGGGCCCGGAUCUGGGCGAGUAUGACCCGCUGACACAGGCUGACAGCGAGGAUGAGACGGAGGACGAUGAUCUGGUUCUGAAUUAUCCUCGUAACGGUCUGAACCCGGCGGUGGCUGAUCUGAGGGGCGAGCAGGAGUUGGAUGAGGAGGAGGAGCUGAGGGAGGGGGCGGGGCAUGACGUGGGGCCUGGGCGGAGUCAGGGCGGAGCUGCGGAGGAGAAGGCGGCGCGGGUGCGAGGGGCGAUGAGAUCCGCAGCGUUCCUGCUGCCGCUGUCCUGCGCCGCUCUGCUGGUGCUGCUGUGUGCGUUUCUCAUCCCCUGCCCACAGGGGGCGCCGCUCCAGACGCAGUGGGAGAGAGAGCUCGGAGACACAGCCGGUGUGACAUCACCUCCCAUUGCAUUGUGGGAUGUGGAUGGGGACGGACUGGACGACGUUUUGAUUGCCGUUACGAACAUCUCCAACGACAGCCAGCCAAUGAACGCACAGAGCAAAGAGUACAGCGUGUGGGCUCUCAGCGGCGUCGGGGGCCAGCUGCUCUGGAGGAAGUCGCUCAGAGAGCCGUUGAUCUCUGUUCAGUGUGGACUCCAGACAGGAAGUUCAGAUCCACUGCACUCGUCUGCCUGCGUCCUAAUCAGCUCGGGCCACAUGAUCACCAUCAACGCCUCCACAGGAUGGACGUUGUGGACGACGGCUGUAGGAGAUGUGGAGUCUCACGCUGUUCUGCUGCCGGAUCUACAGGGAGAUGCCUUUCCAGACCUGCUGAUCGCAACACUGCCGGAGGACAAGGUGUCUGAUCUGGCUCUGGUCCUGAUCUCUGGACGCUCGGGUGCUCUGAUUGGCCGGCCGGUGAACUUUAACCUUACAGCUCAGGGGAAGCUGAUUGGUCCGAUGCUGCACGAGACUCAAGCGGGAGCCUACUACGUGCUGUUCGGACUGGGAACGGUGGAGGCCGUCUCUCUCUCCCUCAUCUACAGCAGAGCGACGGGUCAGACGGCAGCGUCUCGAGUUCGUCUGAAGGAGCCCAGCUGGGAGCGUCUGAGGAAGAGCAACUCGUCUUCACUCAUUCACAUCAGCAGUGUCUCUGAGCAGGUGGACUUCCUGCUCUCUCUGGUGGUGGGCUCGUGUCAGCGUCUCAGGAAUCUGGACGGAGUGUCAGCGCUGAACUGCAGUCGCAGUGACUGGAUUGUGCUGAGUAACUCCAGCAGACGUCUGUCUGUGCUGAGAGCCAGCGACACUCGGCCCGUCUGGAGCCUCGGCCUCGCCUCCUUGCGCACUCGUCCCGCAGCGGGCCACUUUAAUGACGACGGCAUUCCUGAUCUGCUCAUUCAUCAGUCGGCCAAUGGUGUGAGGAAGGUGAAGAUUGUGGAUGGCGCGCGGGGGCGGAGCCUGUGGGAGGCGGAGUUUGUGUGUCCUCGUCUGGCGGUGGAGGAUUCGUCGGUCCUGACGGUGUCCGGCCAAUCGGUGUUCCUCUUCUGGGCGGGAGAUCCGCUGGCGCAGCCGCAGAACGUCUCCAAGGCAACGCCCCUCUGCAGAUCACAUGACUGUCACAUGCACUCAGAGCAGCGUCUCAUUGGCUGUGUUUGUGUCCCACAGGUGGCAGAGCCGGUGCUCCGCAAGCUCUUCCUGCUCCACCCGAAGUAUCCCACAAUCCUCCUGGAGCUCAGCAGCACCACAGACACCAUCCUCAGUGCCGCCGUGAGCUACCAGGCGCAGCAGAAGGACGAGUCCUACAUCAGCGUGUCGUCUCGUCCCUCGGCCGGCCGUGCUCUCGGUGCUCAGAUGCUGCAGAUGCUCAGUCUGAGAGCGGCCGUCGCAGACGCCAGGAUCCUUCAGCUCACAGACACAGACAAACCCAGCGCUUUCCAGCUGCGCAAGAUCUUCAGACGCCUGGCCUUCAGACAGUGACGUGUGUCGGACUCGAGCGCUGCAGACCACACACUGGUUGAACAGCAGAGCACACCCUCCUCUCACACACACACACACACACUCACACUCACCCUCACACUCACACACACACACACACACACACACACACACACACACACACACACACACACACACACACACACACACACCUUAUCCUGGCUGCUCUGUGCUUGUGUCCUGACUCUGGUGUCUGCACGCUGGCUUUGCUGUAGAUAUAGCCCUGACUCUCUGUACAGUAUUUAUGUGUGUGUCUGUGUGUGUGUGUGAGGGAGAUGUACACACUCAUAUAUUGAUCUACACAGUCCGAGUGGGACACACUGGAGGAUGUUUAGAGAGGAACCUCUGACAGAAGGAUCAGCACAUUUACUGACACUGUGUGAGACACAUGAAACACAAGUGUGAUCUGAUGAUCAGACUACAAACAUCAAACACUUGUGAUUUAUCAGACUACAGUUACCGUUUCAUGGAUCACAUGAUCUUCACACAGUGGCAGUGAAUGACUGAGAAUCUGUUGGAUCUGUGUAAAAUAACCUGUGUUCACAUUCGCUCAGAAAGUCUGGUGUUGUGUGGAGAUUCACUACUAAAUCAGUUCAGGCUGAAGAAGUGUUUCAGUAUUGACUCAACUACUGAUGAACUCUGUGUUUCUGUGUCUUUACCAGGCUUUUCUUUCAAACACAAUAAAAGGCACAAACUCACACACGUUUCUCUCAUCUAAUAUGUGCUGAUUUGAAGUACCCUGAGAUUUUAUCAUAAUUUAAUAAUACUGCAUCACAUCUGCAUGUUCAUCGGUUCUCUGGUGUUGGUUAUGGUCACAUUACAAAUAAACAAAUAAAUCAUGUCUUUUUAUUUUGAUUGCAGUUCCUUCACAAACCCAGUUUGGGAAACCCUGACGUAAUAUCAUGUUUAAUGCACUUCUUGAGAAGUACUGAGUAAUAUUAAUGAACCACAUGUAUCAAUACUAUAUGGUUAGGGUCACUCACAAUUCACAUUCGUAAAUGCAUGUAACAUGUAAUAAGGUCACCUUAAAAUAAAGUGUUACCCAAAAUAAUUGUAACUAUAAUCUGUCAAAGUUACUAAAAUAAUGUGUAAUUAAAUUACAGUUACUUG